AUGGGCAAAGUGGCCAUUUGCAGUGCUUGCAUCUCUGUCGGGUUUCCCAUGUUGGGAAAUGAUGAAGCACACCGGGUGGUGUUAGCUGCAGGUGGAGACUAUUUCCAGGCACUUCUCUGUGGAGGCCUAAGGGAGUCCAAAGAAGAAAUCGUGUGCCUACGAGGUCUUUCUUCCUGGGUGAUUGAAGCCAUUGUUAGUUUCUUCUACACAGGUCAGCUCAUGCUGAGCUGGGCUCACAUAUGGGAGCUGACAGGUGCACUACAUCAGUACCAGCUGAAGGGGGCGCUUUUGCUCUGCACUGAUUUCAUGCAGAAGAGAAUGAAUGAAAGCACCUGUCUAGAUGUUCUGGUCCUGGCUGAGACAUAUGGGCUUGUUGAUCUGGGACAGGCUGCAGAGGAGUAUAUUCUUGCCAAUUUCCAGCAUAUUUCAACAGAUGAGAACUUUAAAGAUCUCCCAUUUGCUCUGUUGCAGCGACUACUCAAGAAGGAUUCAUUGUCUGUUGAAAGAGAGAUUGUGGUGUUUAAGGCAGUAGUGAGCUGGGUGGAAGAAGAACCUAAAGAAAGACUUCAAUUUCUGUCCAGCCUACUAUGCCAUGUUCGCCUCCAACUACUUACCUCCUCUGAGCUCCAGGAAGCUCUGAGGUGCAAGUUACUUUACCGCAGCCCCAAGACAGGAGAAGCAGUAGAAACCCUCCAAUUGCUUGCUAAAGGGGAAUACAAAGGGCCUAGAUGUAAACCCCGCUCACAAAACCAGGUUCUGGUAUUAGUUGGCGGAGAUACUGUUGAUGAUGACUUUGUGAAGAGAAUUCAAAGCCGGUCCUUAUGGUAUGCCCAACAUUUUCAUCGUGGUCAAGGUCUGAUAGGAAAAAUAGACUGGAAAGUAUUAACAGAGAUCCCUGAACCGCCACGCUUCAGACACUCCGUCUGUGUCCUCAACAACAAACUUUACAUCCUAGGAGGACGCAAAUAUUAUGGGUCUCUGGACAUCCUCAAAUCUGCUGCAAGGUUAGAUCUGCUAAGUCUUAAAUGGGAACAACUUCCUGACAUGCUGUGUCCCAGGGAUUACUUUGCAGCAGUGUGCCUGGAUGAAAAGGUUUUAGUUCUUGGUGGUAAUUAUGACGGCAGCCAAUGCCUGGAUACUGUGGAGUAUUACACUCCUGAGGAGAACAUCUGGAGGUUAGCUCACCCUCUGGGAACAGCUGUCUGUGGUCAUGCUGCUGCUGUACUGAAUGGUCAAAUCUACAUCUCAGGUGGCUGUGACUCCUAUCACAUUUGCAGGUCAUCUAUGUGCACCUACCAUCCUUCCCACGGCUGCUUUCCCAGAGCCCCCAUGAGGUUGGGAGAUGGACGUGCAGGACAUGUAAUGCUAACAUUGGGGAGCAAGUUGGUGGUAGCUGGAGGACUGCAACCACUUUCGAUGGGAUUUAGCGACCAACUACUCUGUGAGGUGUAUGACCCAGCCAGAGAUUCUUGGUCAUUCUUUCCUGCCCUCCCUCUACCUCAUCUGUGUCCAGGGGCAGCAGUGCUUAAGGGAUGUUUGUAUGUGGUUGGGGGUUCUUCAGCCGACACAGCCAGGGAUAGCAAGUGGGUGCAUUGCUAUGAUCCCAAAAAAGAAUGCUGGGAAAACAUGGGUGCUAUGCCUCACCCAUACACUGAUUUGGCAGUUUGUUCGCUGAACCUCCCUAACACACCUCAUUAGAAUGAGAGCAAUCCAAACGCAAAAUCAGUUGAAUUUUUAUACAUGAAUGAUAACUGUUUCACAAUUACAAAUACUUUCUAUUUUAAAGAGUUACUGUGGCAAAGAAUC